AAAAAACAUUUCUUGAAAAAUUUUGUGAUUAAUUUUAGUCGACGACAAGGUCUUCAAGAAGAUAUUGAAGAUAUUUUACGUGAACAAGCUGAGAAAAAAAAACGUCUUGCACAAAUGAAAAAACGUCCUAAAACAGCUGCAUAA